UGGUAAUUCAGUUAAGUGGAAACACUGAAGCGAUUCGCACGCAAAAAAAUUAUCUCCAUCAGUUUGGCUCAGUUUGACAAAAUACACAAACAAAAGAAAUAGAACAGACUAAAAUAAUUAUAUUUAUAUAGAACAAGUGAAUACAUUUACAAAAUUAUACGAAAUGUGAAAAGAAUUUUAACAUUGUUAUACUUUAAUCAACUUUUGUUCUUAAUUUUUAUUUAAAUAAAAUGUUCUAUUACUAAAUCUUAACUUGAAAAAAGUUUAAUUUUUCUUUUGUAACAACACAGCUGAAAACAUAUUUAAGGACCGUGGAAAUUUUUAUUAACGUUCUGGUUUAAAAAUAUAGAAAAACGACUAAAAAUAAAAAACGUCUAAACUAAUGCAAUCAAUUGCAAUCAAGACAUAAAGAAAUAAAAUUACGGUUUCGUGUUUUAGUCAGUUAAAUAAAGGUUUUCAGAGUGUGUCUGUCUUUCCACCCGUCUGUCUGUCUAUUUGUCUCCCUUUUUGCCCGUCGAACGAUCUGUGUGUGAGUGAUUUUUGUGUUUCUAAUUCUAAAAGAAAAACAAAUUCAAUAUUUUUCUUAUUGAAAUUUCAAAAAUAAAAAAUACGAAAAGAAAAAAAAUAAUCAGAUGUUUGUAUGUAUUAAAUGUAUAGUGUAUGUAUGUUAGAAGUACAUCACCUUGGUUUAAUAUUAGCUUAAGUUGGCUUAAAUGAAAAAAAUUUCCCCUUCUAAAUCGUUGGUUAAUUGAAACAGCAACAACAACAACAUAAGUAAGAAGAAAAACGUAAAUAUGUAUAAAAACGCCUAUAUUUGGCCAAGAAAUUGUAUUACACAGUGAAAAAUGAAUUUUGAAAAUGUGCAAUAUUUAUUUAGCACAAACUACAAUAACAAUAACAACAACAAACAACUUUUUUAUUAAACGUGGCUUAAAAUAAUAACGGUUUCUCUUAAAAAAUAUAAAAAACAAAGAGUAAAGCAAAAUCUUUUGUAACCAGUUAACAACAACUAAUAACACAAUUGGGAUUAAAUAUACAACAACAGCAAGAAAAAGGAAGAAAAUCGAAAGCUUCAAUUAAAGCCACCAACGAACGAAUGUGGGUGAAUUAAUUAUUUAUUAUUUUGCGCUUUUUGAUUGGGGCUGUAAUAACGAACGAAGUAACGAUCAAACCAAAGGUAUUGUCAGCAUUUGCCACACAAUCAACCAGCAACAGCGGCACCAGCAUCAACAUCAACUACUAUAAAUAACAUUAACAAUUGCGCAGCAACAAAGAGAUUUUUUUCUUCACAAAAAAAAAAAAAAAAUAAUAAAAAUAAAAAAACCGAAAAAUACCAAAAGUGUGUAACAACACCCUCACAGGAGUAGUAAUAGAUACCCUAAAGAUAAUAAAUAUACAUAUUUAGAAACAACAAUAACAACGACAAUAAUACUAUACUAUUAAUAAAAUAAGAUAAAAGAGAAAAAAACCAACAAUUCAUAUUAAUAAUGUUUCAACGGUUUAAACAAAACUUUACGCCAGCAACAAAAAUGGUAGCAACAACAAUAACAAAAACAAUGGGAGCAACAAUACCAUUAUUAUGAUUCACAGAGAAUUUAAAGACGAUCCAACAGCGAUCAAUGAAUGAAUGAAUCACAAACUAUUAAACUCUUUAUUAACAUUUGAUUAAUAAAAUUAAACAAAAAAUAAAGUAUUAAACCUGAAAAAUUCCAAAAAUAAACGACAACAACAAAAACUUAUCAAAAAGACAAUUGGAAUAUUAACAGCAAAAAACCAAAACUUAAACGGAGAUAUUUAGACUGAAAAUUACCAACAGAGUUGUUGUGUUCAAAUUCGAUACGCUCUUGUUGGUUCAUCAUCCAAUCAAUAGCAAUAGUAACAACAACAACAAAUAUAAACCGCCACAUAACUAAAGUCAAGAACAUACAGAGAUAGUAGUCGCAGCGACUUGAUCAUCACAGCGACAGAACAGCAGAAUCUUCACCAUCAUCUUGAUAGUGAAACAACCUAAUUCCGCAAAGCAGCCGAUCAACAACAACAACAAUAACACAUCAUACAAAAAUAACACACCGCAUCGUCUCACAUCUCGACUCACAGGUUAAAGGCAUGGCACACUUUUGCGGAUUUAUAAAAUUGAUAUUUCUACUUCUGAUGUUGGCGCGAAUACCGUCUAAUGAGACAAGGCCACUCAAAGGAAAUUCUCAAGCCAAUAGUGAUCUCAUUGCAGGCAAUGAGUUUCUCAAACUAUUUAUGGAACAUGAUCAGUUAGAAAAAGAUUUCCAAAGUAGUGGGGGCAGUGGUAGUAGUAAUGCGGGUGCAGAAAAAAUAAAGGAUGUAGUGGCAGCUACGAAAAAAGAAGAGUCAUUCGACAAAAAAUCCGCCGAAACGGGGAGAAGGUCUAGUAGCGGUAGAAGUUUAAAAGACAAGGGACCCAAGCUUAAUCAGGCCGAGGGUCAGUUGGAGGAUAGUAAACAAGUAGUUAAAUUAGUUACCUCAGGUAGUAAAAUUGUGUUUUUAGAAGAUUACGAUGAAAAUGAUGCCAUCUUAGAUGCUGAAGUCAGAGAUAUUGAUUUAAAAAAAGAAAUAUUUAAACAAAAAACUCAUCCCAAUUUAGAUGAUUACAAAGUGGUGGCUGUGAGUGUUUCCUCUUCUAGUCAACGAGGCACAGCUACAGCCAGAAAUCGCUUUACCAAUAAAGCCAGUUCAGUCAAAUAUGAAAAGCGACCGUUAACAACAGCGAUAACAACCAGCACAACAACUACUACUAGCAAAACGAUCACAACUAUGACACCUAAACCACCAACAGCGACUACUGUCAGAUCACAAACAUCACCUGCGUUGUUGUCGUCAUCGGCAUCAUCAACUAAAAUCGAUACCACAGUUGGAGACAACUUUAUCAAUCGCUCACAUAAAAGUGAGUUUUCCAUAGAGGAAGUUGAACCUCUGACAAUGACACAGCAUAAAUCACGUAAAAUAAUUCAAUCACGUCAUCGUAAAUACCCGGUAACAAGUGUAGCAGACACAUUGGAAGCUUUAGAUUCAGAAAAUAGUGCUUCUACCAAUAUACAAAAUGUUUUAGCAGCACCGCUACAAACGUCCGCUUCAGCACGUUCCACAUCAAUGGUGACAACUACGUAUCACAGUGGUCAACGUAAUAUGACCAUUAAUCACGAUUCGAAUUUGCAUAUGGCUCAGUCUCGUCAUAAAACCGCAACUGGAACGACUACAAACACCAGCGAUGACAAGUUUAAAGGUGGUGAUAUGCAGCAACAACAACAGCAAAUGACAAAUGGUGGUAUAGAAGAUCAGUUGUUACCAUUUCAAACUGUUAUAUACCAUGAUAGUAAAGCAGGUCAUGGUCCACAAUCACGCUCAAUUUCCUAUUCUUCAAUCUCACAAAAUGUGGAAGAUUUAAAGAAGUGGCAACAAUCGGGUAUCUUAGCCGAAGCACGACGUAAUGUCAGUGAGAGUUUAAAACCCAUGCCCAGAUCUAAUGUUUCCUUAUCAAAUCAUCAGCCAGAACCAGCUAAAUUCUAUUCACAACCUUCAAAAAUGUAUAGCGAACCAUCAAAAUUUUAUUCUGAACCUUCCAAGGUCUAUUCAGAACCAGCAAAAGUAUAUGGAGAACCUGAAAAAUUUUACUCCGAACCUGCUAAAGUUUAUGGACAACCAUCAAAAGUGUAUUCAGAACCCUCCAAGGUAUAUUCGCAGCCGGCUAAAGUCUACAGCGAACCAGCCAAAACAUACUGGCCUAUUUUAACAGCCACUUCAACUCAAACCCCCCUUACAUUACCUCCAACUAAUGCUCCCACAAUCUCUACCAUUCCGCCAACAUCACUUCCGGUAAAUAUACAUCAAUCAUCGAGAAAACCUGCCAUAGUUUCACGCAUUGCAUUUGGUGAAGCCCAUUUGGCAUCAAGCACAUCUACUAGCACUAGUACUACAACAACAACCACAACUGCUCCAUUGACCACAACAACGCGAUCAUAUGGCUCACAUAGUCAGCAUCAUCAUUAUUCUCGUACAUAUAGCAGUCAUCGUAAUCCAUCAAUUUCUUCUUCGUUUAACAAUGAAAAUUCAUCCUUGUCAUCUUCAUCCUCAUCAACUUCAUCAACACCUUCACGUCGUAUACUUUUUAAUCUAGACCGUUUACCGUAUGAUCUUUUAAAUGCACCUGAACCAUCGAUACAGCAGCAACAACUUUUGGAACUGCAAAAAACCAAGAGGCCACAACAGACAUUAACAUACCAGCAGUCGAAUCAGCAGCAGCAACCGCAACAGCGUCAUAAUAUAAAUCCAUGUUUAGAGUCAGCAGUUACUUCAUUAUUUUCAUCAUCAUCUUUAUCUGCUCAUCCAGCAUUACAAAAACAACGUCAACAUACAUCAUUGUCAGAUCAACAACAACAUUCUAAUCAAAAUGCCAAAGGAUUGCCCAACGGAGAUCUAGUCAAAUGUGUAGCUGAAAUUUCCCAUACAUCAGCAGCUGCCGCUACUCACGAUGAUAGUAGUGAUGAUACUGGUGGCGGUGUUGAAGUAUUUACCACCGAACGCAGUCAUCUUGAAGAGCUUUUCACGCCGACCCCAGAGCAAAAUUACGAAAUAGAAGAAUCUGUUAGUGUAAUGACAAAUGGGCGAGCCCAUAGCGGUGGUAGAAACAGUUUGACACAUCCAACCACAUCACCCAUACACCAACAACAGCAUCAUGGUUUCAAGCCGAAUAGACAACGAACUCGCGUACACUUUGGUACGAAUGUCGAAAAUCCAGAGGUUCACGAUGGCGGACAUCAUCAUCAUCAUCAUAUGAGUCAAACAUCGUACAACACCAACGCAAAUGCCAAUACAGACACCAGAAACAAUAGACACCACAGUACUCCAGACUACAAUCAGUAUGAUGACGAUAGUGAUGGUGGCGGUGGUGGUGACGAUAGUGGAGAUAAUGGUGCAGCGAAGAAUAAUGAUUAUGAUGAUGGUGGUUCCCCUGUCAAUGGCAAUAAUGAUGAUGGCAGCAAUGGUGAUGGUGGCGGUGAUGAUAAUGAUGACUCUAAAGUGGCCUAUAUUGUUGAGGGUCACAACUAUCGCAAAUAUCGCGUCGAAGAAGAAACCGAUGAUGGAUUCAUUGUAGGCGAAUAUGGUGUUGUAGAUCAUAAUGAUGGCAACUUGCGAGGUGUGCGUUACACAGCCGACUCGACCAUCAAUCGUAGUCUAAUACAAAAGGCCUUGUUGACAUUUUUAAAACUAAAGUAAUCUAAUGGUAAAGCGGAGUAACAAUGAGGGAAACAGUAGAGUUGACAAGUAAUUGCAAUCGUAUGGUAUGGUCAGUAGAAGUUUAAGAUGAUGGUAUUAACUAUUUGUGAUGAUUCCUAAUACAAAACAAACAAACAACUUUAAAGUAGAAAACAAGAUAAAAUAUAGGUUUGCUAUUUUUAAAGAUCAGUAGUUUAAUAGUUACUUUGUUUAGAUUUAAGAGUAUAGUUUAUAGAAAAAAGUUCAAUUUGUUUGAAAUAAGAAACGAAAUGCAACAAACAAACAAAUAACCAACCAACAAAACCAAUCAAUAAAACGUAUGUGAUUCAAGUCUUAUUUUAAAAGAAAAAGUAGUUUUUAAUUUAUGUAGUAAUUUUAGUUUUAUUUUUCAACCUACAUACUUACUUACAUAUAAUAUGUGUCUUGUGCAAUAUGUGGCCCCAAAAGGAACAUUUUCUUAUUUGCUUUUAGAAUUUCAAACGAUUUUGAAUCAUUCGGCUUGCUGAUAUCUCAAGUCUAGCGCAAAGUAUUAAUAAAUUUGUAAAAUAUUAAGUUAUUUUUGAACAUUGGACGCUAUUAUUUUUUAUAUUCUAUGUUUAUACAUAUACGUUUUGUAAAAAUGCAAAAACCUUUAAAAUAUCAUAAGUCAACUUAUAAUAGUUAAGUAAUACUGGUAAUACUUUUGCAAUUCUUAAUCAAUCCAUUUUUCAUAAUUUCUAUUCAUUGCCAUUACUCCCUCUAAAACUGUAUAAUUUUUGAAUCCACUGAAGUUUAAGUUACGUUUAACCUAGUAACAAAAACAAAUUCAAUCCUUUUCUGCCGCCCAUGUUGGACAAGACAUUAUUGUAUGUAUUUUUAUAAUUUUUGAGUUUAUAAAUAUGUAUUUAUAACUAGAAACGAUUAAUCGUUCAAUGUACUAGUUAGUUAGUAUCCAUUCAUUCCUUUUAGCCUAAAUACAGUUUUAGUCUGAAUGUUUUCUUUUCGUAGUAUGUGUAACUUAAUUUAUUAUAAUAGUUGUAGUUAUUGUUAUAAAAUGUUUAUCGUUAUUUUUAAUUUAUUUACAUUAGUGUAUAAUAUUGCUACUCAUAUCAACAAAAAAAACGUACAGUUGUGGUCAAAAUUAUAAAUACAUUAAUGUAUAUCUCAAACAAGAGAUUAAGCUAUAAAAUUUUUAUUAAUCAUCAGAAAAAGCAUACAUUUUUUUAAUUUUGAUGAAAAAUUGCAUUCAGCGAUCUUUAAUUGUCCCUGGAUCGUUAAUUUAUAUAAAUAAAGCUGAAGGCAUAUCAAUUGUCUUAAAAUAAUUUCUGAAUUGAAAAAUCCAUGUUUGUUCAUAUGUUUGUUCUCCAUCCAUCCAUGAAAUUUUGUAAUAAAAUUUUAAAUACUUAUAACAUCAUUUUUGGCCCAAAGAAAAAUAUUGAUAUUGGUUUAAAAUAUGUUUUUAAUUUCACGUAGCCCCAUGCAAUUCUGAUGCUUUAUAACUCAUAAUUAUUUUAACUAAUCAAGCGAACCAUUAUAUGAAACCGAUGUCUUCCAAUCGGGAUGAAAUUUGCAGCAAUAUUAGUCCUAUUGGAAGGUAAGGUAAAUUUUUCACAAGACCGGUCAAAAGCUUUCGGAGUUUAUAUGAUCAAAGUUUGAUACCACUUAACUACCACUUGGGACAAGCCCGUAUUGAAAUGGUUAGUCACUUGGAUAACAUAUUGUCUAGCUAGUAUUCAGUACGACUGGUGCAAAAUUUAUCCUGAUAAGACGACAUCGGUUUCAAUAGUUGGAGCACUUGACAUGAAAUCUCCCACAUAAGUAGUAUAAAUAAAUCGAAAAAAAGUAAAAUUCAAUGUAUACAAAAGUAAGAAAAUAAAGUGGAUCAUUGUCGAUUAUAUGAUACCCUACAUACUUAUUAUCUAUACUUUAAUUUGUGUUUUCUGGGUAUUAAACAAAUAUUACUAUUGACAUAUAAUUAACAUAGAAGAUUUUUAUACCCUUUUUUAGGAUGGUCAUUUUUAAUUUAGUUAUUUUUUUAAAUCAUAGAUAUUGAGAAUUCUGAAAUUCUUAUUGACUGUCUAUAAGUUAUUUUUUAAUUGUUGAAACAACAUAAUUCCACUCUUACGAAAUGUUCUUUAAUUUUGAACACUACUGUAUGCAUUCUCUAUUAUUAUUUUAUUAUUUUUUUGUUUCAUGAUAUUGUUUUGUUGUUUCAAACAAAAAGUUACCGCAUAGAUUCUUACAGAUGAAAACUACUUGCCAUAAAUAUUUAAGAGUAUUUCUACUAUAAACUAAAAUUAAUCUACACAAGAGCAGUUAGUAGCAGAAGUUAGUAGAAGUAGCAGCAAAAAAAAAGUAAAACAAAAAACUGAAACUAAUUUAAUAAGAGAAUAUAAAACAAAUUUAAAACUAAAUCUCUAUUAUUCAACAAAAAAUAAAAAUAAUACUCGUAAUUGUAGCUUAUUAUUUGUUAGUUGUAUGUAUCUAUCUAUGUAUCUAUGUAUCUUUGUACCUAUAUAUGUUUCUAUCUAUAAUAUAUAAGUAGUACAUGUAUGUAUGUAUUUAAAUGUGUAGUAUUGAUGUAACUUUAGUAAACUUAACUAAAAACUAUUGUAACUAUAAUUUUAAAACAACAACAAACGAAAUAUGAAAAAAAUGGAAUAAAACAAUGCUUAAAGUUUACUUAGUUAAGUUUAUUUAAACAAAUGUUUGUAACUAAAACUAAAGAGGAGGAAAAAUGGUAUUACACCAUAUAUUCGACAUAGUAUUGUUAACAAGAGUACUUAGCAGUUCGGUCGGACUCUCCCGAACUAAUUAUUAAACCUACUAAUUAGGGUUUCCCUUAGCCAUUGACUGUCCAAAAAUCUAGCUGUUUUAACAUGUGCUUGUCCUACGAGGAAGUCAAUCAUUAAGCUAUAGAAGAGAUGAACGGACAGAUUAAAUUGAAUUUUUAUGUCACGAUUAUCUUCACUUUCGUUUACAAAGGAACACCCGUGACAAAAGACGAAUUACGGUUAGACGUUAGUCGAAAUUGCUGUCUUUGCUGUCUUUUUUUUAAUUUUUACCAAAUUAACUAUUUAAAGUUUGAUAAACUUAUAAUUAAUUAGGAUAUUACAAAGAUAACGUAAAUGAAGGGUGGAGGGGAUAUCACCAAACCGAAUAAUCGAUUUUAUCACAUUAUCAAAUUAUGUUUACGUUUAUCGAUUAUUUAUCAUCCUUGAAUGUUUGAAAGAUUAAUUUUGCAUAUGUUGGUAGGCAGACGAGUUUAAUUGUUUUUAAAAGGGCAAUGAAAACAUUUCACUGUGUGAAUUUUUUGUGCUAACUUUUUAAAUUUUUUUGUAUAAAAAAUAUAUUGGUUGGUGAUAGAAUAUUAAUAACACUGAACAACAAGUGAUAAUAGUUUCGUCGGUAUCAUAUAAAAUAAAUUUAAACCCCAGAACUGCCCCUGGGUCACAUGCGUCAAAUACAAAGAACCCCUGCGAUGAAGAACAAAAUGUUGUUAAAAUUUAGAAAAAAUCAGUAGCAAAUUGUUUUAAUUUUUUUGUUGAGUUAUAGCGAAUUUACCCCAUGAAUUGGUCGGUAUAUCACCGUUUUUGAUCAGUUCUGAAAAGUUAAAAAAAUGUACAUUAAGAUGGCAUAGGAAAAAUUUAAAUGGAUUAAACUAAAGACAAUAUAUUAAAGUGUGAAUUGUGGUUUUAAUCAAGAACGCCUCAAAAAUAGGGGCGAACCUAUAUGCACAUGUACUAAAAUUACUAAUACAAAUUACUAAUACAUUCUUUUAUCAACCCUUUUUAAUGUCAAAUCAAACCGAAUAUUCUGAAAAUACGUAUAUUGUAAGACCACUCUGACCAAAAAAAGAUUAAGUUUCUCGUAUUAAAAAAAGAUCAGUCAUUGAAUCCAGAAUUUUCUACAUGAUUAAGGGAAAACCGUACGGCAUAUAUUACUAAUGAUUUUGUUCCACGAUAACAAUUUUAAACGAAAGCUAAAUACUGUUUAAACUACAACUAAAUCAUACUAUCAAAAUUUCAUAAAACCUUUCAAAUAAAAGCAAGUUGACAAUGUAAUUAAUAUA